AUGAAGUUCUCUCAUAGUAUUCAGUUCAAUGCUGUUCCUGACUGGAGCAGUCACUACAUUGCAUACAGCAAUCUCAAGAAGCUAAUCUACAACCUCGAAAAGACCGCCCAUCAGGCGCGCGGAACCACUGGUGAUGCCGAAUCCCGACCUCUUAUAAACCAAGAAGAUGCUGAAGAGGUCUUCUCUCGAGCUCUUGGCGUCGAGCUAGAAAAGAUAUGCUCAUUCUACGUUGCCAAAGAGGGCGAGCUUCUCGAAGAAGCUGCGCAAUUGCUACGCGACGUUGGCGACGAGGCCGAAGAUGCCAUUGCCGAUAACCGUUAUCUUCGCAGGCUCUCUGUUUCAUCAGCCCACCGUCCUGGUGGUCGCAACGGCUUCCGCUCGAGAAGUCCUCGAAGCCGCAGCACCGACAAUGAAGAGAGCGCGAGCGAGGAAGAAGAUGAGACUACUGGGCUUACAACAAGGCGACGAAGCAGCGGAGGCCGCAGGCGCACACUUCCCAGCAUCCAUAAGCCACGUUCUGAGGAUCUGAACGCUUCCUCCGAGUUCGGUCGUGAUAUGAGGAGGCACAGCACCACAGCCGACGAAAACGAUGAUCAAGCUCUCAUGUUCUCUUCUGGCAUGUUUUCGUCAGGUAUCAUGCUCAAGAAGCGUAUUAUCGGCCUCUACGUGUCACUCUGCGAACUCAAGUCAUUUAUUCAGCUUAACCGUACCGGUUUUGCCAAGGUUCUCAAGAAAUUUGACAAGAUCCUCGAUAAGGAACUCAAGGGACCCUAUUUGCGAGCCCAUGUCGAGACAGCCUACCCUUUCAAAGAUGAGACAAAGCGUGUUCUCGAGGAGAACAUUACCAAGAUGGAGAAGGCAUACGCAGAGAUCGUCACUGGUGGAGAUGAGGAGCUUGCUCGCAAGGACCUCCGUUCGCAUCUCAGAGAACACGUUGUUUGGGAGCGCAAUACCGUCUGGCGAGAUCUUAUUGGUAUCGAGCGCAGAGCGGAAGCUGCGGGCUUAGGUCAGGCGCUUCUCGGACAAGAAAGAGGAAAUAUCACAAGGAGAUUACAAGGCGACGAAGCCAAGGCACCACGAGAGACCCAGUUCCGCACGCCCUUUGGCAAGAUCACCUUACCUCCAUGGCUAGCCAGUUCAUCUCUGUGGACACUAGUUGUCUGUCUUACUGUCUUCUCCUUAUUGCUUCUGCUCCCCAUCAUGGAGAAGCCCGAGCAACAGAACUGUCUGGCAAUGCUUGUCUUUGUCAGUUUGUUAUGGGCCACCGAGACCAUCCCCCUCUUUGUAACAUCAUUGCUUAUCCCAUUCCUCUCUGUUGUCUUGAAUGUCGUUCGUGAUGAGACACCAGGCAAGCCUCAAAAACGUCUCGACUCCAAGGCAGCCACAUCUGCCAUCUUUGCUGCCAUGUGGACGCCUGUCAUCAUGCUUCUCCUCGGUGGUUUUACUCUGGCAGCUGCUUUGUCCAAGUGUACUAUUGACAAGCGACUGGCAACUCUUGUUCUUAGCAAGGCCGGCACUCAGCCCAAGACUGUGUUGAUUGCCAACAUGUUUGUGGCUGCUUUUGCAUCUAUGUUGAUCAGCAAUGUCGCGGCUCCUGUUCUAUGCUAUUCUAUCAUUGAGCCCAUGCUGCGAACAUUGCCAUCUGAUUCCAACAUGUCGAAAGCUGUCAUCAUCGGUAUCGCACUCGCCUCCAACAUUGGUGGAAUGCUCUCACCUAUCGCUUCUCCUCAGAACGUUGUGGCGAUGGGCAUCAUGCAACCCGCGCCCACGUGGCUGCAAUGGUUCUUUAUCGUCAUUCCUGUUGGCGCUCUCUCGAUUGUUCUGAUCUGGCUCCUCCUACUGGUCACCUUCCAGCCAGGCAAGGGUACCACGAUUGCCCCUAUUCGGCCCGUCAAGGAGAAGUUCACUGGUCUUCAGUGGUUCGUUACUAUCGUCACCGUCUCUACCAUUGCUUUGUGGUGUGCCAGCCACCAGCUUGAGGCCGAAUUUGGAGACAUGGGUGUUAUUGCUAUUAUCCCCAUCGUGCUAUUCUUCGGUAUCGGCUUGCUGACCAAGGAGGACUUCAACAACUUCCCAUGGACCAUCAUUAUCCUUGCAGCCGGUGGUUUGUCACUGGGCAAAGCUGUACGCUCGUCUGGUUUGCUACAUACCCUUGCCGAGAUCGUCUCUGAGAAGGUGGAGGGUAUGAGUCUGUACGGCGUCCUGGUUGUGUUCUCGACUCUGAUCUUGGUUAUCGCAACAUUUAUCAGCCACACAGUCGCAGCUCUCAUCUUCCUGCCUCUUGUCUUUGACGUUGGUGUUGCCAUGGACCAGCCUCACCCCAACCUGCUUGUCAUGGGUGGCGUUCUCAUGUGUAGUGCAGCCAUGGGUCUGCCAACCAGUGGAUUCCCCAACAUGACUCGUCCCAUUAUUGAGCUGCGACAAAAGGAUAAGUCCAAGAUUGAGACAAUACUCGCUCACGGUGACCGCGUUCUCGUCGGCCUUAACAAUGGCGCACUCCGAAUCUACCGUCUAAACGAGCUUGCCGAUCAACCUCAGAACGGUUCCGCCGACACAAAUGCCAAUGGUUCGUCGUCUGCGGCGGACGACAACCAUACUGCUGCGCAAAGGUCAGAAAAGCCAACUGAUUUGAUGCGCGAGGUGGAACGUUUCUCGACGCGAGCAAUCGAACAGCUGGCUGUAAUAAAGGACGCAAACACGAUUGUGUCCUUGUCGAACUAUCACGUUUCUUUUCACGAUCUCAAAACAUACGAACUUAUUGAAACCCUAAGCCGGACCAAGAACGCAUCAUGCUUUGCGUCAACAUCGAAUAUUGUCAAGGAUCCGGACACGGGAAUCCCCGAGAUCGUGAGCCGGCUGGCUGUUGCGGUCAAGAGGAAAUUACUACUCUGGAGCUGGCUUGAGAGCGAGCUUUCCGAGGAUGUGGACGAGAUCGUGCUAGCUGAGUCGAUUCGAUCAGUAACUUGGGCAAAUGCGACAAAGCUGGUUUGUGGUAUGAAUGGCGGAUACGUCAUGGUCAACGUCGUUACACGUGAGGUCGAAGAUAUCGUGAGUCCUGGUUCAGGGCCAGCAGCCGGCCAGACUAGCCGAUUUGGUGCAAUGAGCAGUGCUGGUAUGGGGUACAUGGGAUUGGGAGGGUAUAUGCCCAAGCCUUUGGCGGCCAAAUUAGCCGAAGGAGAAAUGUUACUCGCAAAGGAUAUCAACACACUAUUCAUCGAUGAUGACGGAAAGCCCCUGGACAGACGGCAGAUUCCCUGGAACCAUGCCCCUGAGUCCAUAGGGUACUCGUACCCAUAUAUCCUUGCCUUGCAAGCGCCUUCAAAAGGCUCCCUGGAAGUUCGAAAUCCUACCACGCUAUCAUCGCUUCAGAAUCUAUCACUACCGGGCGCUGCUCAGCUUCACUUCCCGUCGCCCACUUACAGCUUAGCACAUGCCGGGAAAGGUUUUCACAUCUCAAGUGAACGAUGUGUCUGGAAGAUGGACUCAACAGACUAUGACUCUCAGGUUCAGGAACUUGUAGACGGUGGCCACUUCGAUGAGGCUAUUAGCAUUCUCGAAAUGCUUGAAGAUGCAUUGCUAAAGAACAAGGCGCAGACACUCCGCGAGGUCAAGAUGCUCAAAGCUGAAGGGCUAUUUAAGAAGAAGAAAUAUCGCCAGGCGAUGGAUCUCUUCAACGAGGAUACCGUACAUGCACCUCCUGAACGAGUUCUUAAGAUGUUCCCUCCCUCCAUUGCUGGAGAACUAUCUGCGUGGGCCGGCCGCGAGGAAGAAGAACAAGAGUCAGAUGAGGCACCGGGAACACCGAAGAAAGCCAAUGGCACGCGUCCCACCACCCCUGAACCAGUUGAGCAGGCACAGGAAACCCCGCAGUCAGCUAAAGGGGGGUUCGCCAGAUAUCUUACCGGAAGCUAUAGGAGGCCCCAGUCGGAUACCGCAUCCAUCCUCUCAAAGAAGGAUACGACGGAGGGCGAUGAUACUGCUAGUGUGAAGGAGACUGAGUCAAACGAAGAUCUGCCUUUGAAAGACAAGGACUUGACAAACGCGGUUCUGGAGCUCAACAGUUAUCUGGCUGGAACACGUGCUCGAUUACAACGGGUGAUUGAUCCUGUUACUGGAAAUCUGAAACCUCAAAGUGAUCGAAAUGGUUCAACAGAAGAAAUAGCAGAGAAAUUCCUGCGGAUAGGGCUUGAUGAUUCUGAGAAGAAACUUGAAGAGGAAUUCCGAAAUACCUUCCGUCUAGUCGACACAACUUUGUUCCGAGCAUACAUGUUUUCUCGGCCAACUCUAGCAAGCUCUCUGUUCCGAAUUCCUAACUUUUGCGACCCUAAUGUGGUCAAUGAAAAGCUUUUGGAACACAAUCGAUACACUGAGCUGGUGGAUUUCUUCUACGGCAAGAAGCUACACAAGGAGGCUUUGGAACUUCUACGGCGAUUCGGAGCUGCUGAAGAACCAAAUGAAGCCGCGCCAACACUUCACGGACCGCAGCGCACCAUCCAGUACCUCAAAAAUCUACCUCCGUCAGAAAUUGACCUCAUACUUGAGCAUGCAGAAUGGACCCUCAAAGCCAGUCCAGAUGAGGCCCUGGAGAUCUUCACAGGCGAUACUGAGAAUGCGGAGACCCUCCCACGAGAUCGGGUUGUCUCUUUCUUACACGAUGUUGAUACACAGUUGGAAGGGCGUUAUCUAGAGCACGUCAUCACUGAGCUCGAAGACAUGACACCAGACCUUCACGACCGAUUGGUUGAACUUUAUGUAGAAAACUUGAAGAAGAUAGACAAGGGUGAGAAGUGGGAUGAAAUGAUGAAUCACUUCAUCGAAUUCUUGAGACAACCAGGGCAAGUUUACAGUCUCAGCAGGGCGUUUAGGUUGAUUCCCAGAGAUGACCCAGCAUUUUACGAAGCACAGGCUGUGGUAUUGAGCAACAUGAACCAACACAAACAAGCGCUCGAGAUUUAUGUGUUCAAGAUGAAGGACUACCAGAAAGCUGAACAAUACUGUAACCGAGUCAACUCGGUUCAAGAUACUGCUCCAUCAUCUCAACCGAAUGAGAAGAACGAGACUGGAGAGGAUCCUGAGAAUUCUACACCAUCUAUUUAUCACACACUUCUAUCGCUUUACCUUCAACCGUCACCACCCAACCAGCCCAAUCUCGAACCAGCACUCGACCUUCUUUCGAAGCAUGGAUCACGUCUCCCGGCAACAUCAACUCUGGGACUCAUUCCAGAUGACCUUCCCGUUCGGUCACUGGAGUCUUACUUCCGAGGCCGCAUUCGAUCGGCAAAUAGUCUAGUAAACGAGGCAAGAAUCGUUGCUGGUCUGCGACAGGCUGAAGGCAUCUCUAUCGCGGCGCGGCUGCACCUUGGUGACGAUGUACAGGGAGGGCAAGGUGGGCGUAAUAGGCAUGUUACCAUCACAGACGAGCGACACUGCGUCGUGUGCCACAAGAAACUCGGAGGAGGUAUGCGUAUUGGUGGAAGUGUUGUAGCUGUGCUGCCGGAUAACACGGUGGUGCACUACGGCUGUUUGAACCGGGCAACAGGGAACAAGGUAGACGCAUCCCAGGCGCCAAGUUGGGGUCGAGGAUUUUAG